AUGUCUGUUUCAGAGUUUUCAUCGGACAAAGAGUACAAAAAUAUGGCUCAACAUUUCCUGCGACACAGAGGCAGUGUUUUACUAGUGUGUUUACUCUUUGUAACAGUUUGCUCCCUUUGGAUGAGUUACAAUGUCGUCUCUAAAACUGAGUUAUGUGAAACAACAGCUAAGCAGCUACCAGAUCUGUGGUUUAUUCAGGAAGCACAGAUGCCUAAGUUUGUUAACUUCACGGAGUAUAUUGACAGACUUCGUCACGACAUUGCCCAUCACAAGGCUCUGGAUCCAUACUUCAUUCCCAGAGAUCACAAAGUCAACCUUUAUAACUACUCAUUUCUCAUUGAUGGCCGAAAUAUAUGCCAGGGGAAAUCCCCUUUUCUUCUGAUUGUCGUACCGUCUGUGUUUGACCAACAAGACGAACGCAAGGUUAUUCGGGAGACGUGGGGAAGUGUGGUUAAAACUGGUCAAUGGUCUGACGGCACGAAACUACCAGUGAUCAAACUUAUGUUCUUAUUUGGACUGAGGAAUGAUACAAGUAUUUAUGCAAAACUGAAAAACGAAAGUCUGGAAUAUGGCGACGUUGUGUUGGCCGAUUUCGUGGACAGUUACAGAAACCUUACCAUCAAAUCCAUGUCAGCUCUGUACUGGACCACGCAAUUCUGUUCAGACGCAAAAUACCUGCUAAAGAACGACGCAGAUACCAUUGUUUAUUUGCCACGCCUUGUCCAUUUAAUGAAGAAGAAUUUCACAAACACAAUAAUUGGCCACGAAGGUCAGGUGCUGAGUGUGACAAGAGGUGGAAGUAUAAAACGAUGGAUAGUAUCAAAAGAAGAAUAUCCACCGGACAAAUAUCCACCGUAUAUUCUAGGAAACUUUUACGCCAUUCCCAAAGAUUUGAUAUCAAAAUUAUUCCACGUGUCUCAGUACAUUCCUUACCUGUCGAUGGAGGACGUGUUUAUUACUGGUGUUGUUCGUAUUACAAUGGACGCUGAACUUAAACACGAACGCGCCUGUCUGACAGCAUGUAAAUUUUACAAAACUAAGAUAUCGUUUACGGUUGGUAUUGGAAGAUUGAGAGAAGCAUGGGAGGCACUCUCCAGAUAA